UCCUCUCUCACUCUCUCCGUCGGGGCUGGAGGAAGGGAUCAAUGCCGUGAAUGGUCCUCCUCUCCUUGCUCACUACUCUAAUUAUUAUUUUCCACCCUGCCACUUGCCAGCCCAUGAAUAGUCAAUACCAAACCAACAGGCAGGAAAUGAAGGAGCAGAUGCUUAGUUCAGUGCCUGGAGUGAGAUUUAUUUAUCGAGAACUGGUUCCAACCACAUGAGACGGACUUUGUUCGCUGCUGAGGAUUAUGGAAACUUUCUUUUUCUGUUUGAAGACUGAUGGAUUCUCUUUUCGGACUUUCUACGUUUGUCCAGAAUGAUGAAGUCACUUGUUUAAUACUGUGGUCAUCCCAGCAGUCUUAUUUGAGUGCUUCAGAGAGAGCUGCACACACUGGAAUAGCUAGAAUGUUUCUGUGGGCUGGAAGCAAAGGAGCUCAAGGAUCAGGAAGUGAGAGAAGCAGGACCUUUUAUCAGAAGAUUCGUGAGUAUGAUGUUUUGGAGAAGAGGAGGACAGUCACAGCGCUGAAGGCUGGAGAGGACAGAGCCAUUCUCUUAGGCCUCAGCAUGAUCCUUUUCUCUGCCAUGAUGUACUUUGUGUUAGGCAUCACAAUGGUGCGCUCUUACUCAGACAGGUAAAGAUGCCCAGACACCUUCUCAAGAACAGUACUGCACAAAAAUACACCGAAACCACAGAAUUAAAAGGGGCGUUCAGUAAUUUCUACCCAUUCAAAUGCUGAAUUGAAUAGUAAGACAAACACAAAGGGGAGAAAAUACUGUAGCAGGCAGAGAAAGCCCACUGUUCACGAUGCACAAAAUAUCGGCCAAUACUGAAUUGUGGGUGGGAGUUUAUAUGAGGGGAAAUGACUGUCUUCAGAGAAGUUUAGAUGGUAUUUUUUUCCACCUCACCUUCAUGUUUACACAUAUUAAUGUAGUGUUUAAAAGUGCAGUACUGCUUUGUUUACAGCGGUAACAAAUCAAAUGCUAUAGAGUGUCAGAGAGCCACAAUCAGUCCAUCUGCGGUUUUUGUUUCAUGUAGAUAUAUUUUAUGUAGCAUAAAUUCACAAAGCUUAAGUCAGACCAUUCUGACUUAAUUCAUUCCAAAACUGCUCAUGCUAAAUGUAACAUGUUUCAUGCAUUCUGAUUAAUAAUAAGGCACACUCAGCGAAAAACCAUGGUUAACCAUGAAACUGCCAGAAAUUUAAAAAACAACCCAUACAAAUAAAAAAAAAUUAGAUUUGGAUUUUUUUGGUCUAACCAUCCAGAACUACAGAGUACCUCUAAUUAACCUCUAAAUUGAAGAAACAAAUGUAUAUACUAAUGUAUUCAUAUUUAAUUUUCACCACAGAUGUUUGCAAUUUCUGCUAUAGAUCCUUUUCACAAUUUCUAAGUUAAGAAAGCAGAAGUAAACUAAACUUCUAUAGAGCGACUUUAUUUUUGCAUUAUAAUUGAUUCAAACCAAAAAAAAAGUAAAAAAAUAAAAAAAAUAACUCCAACUCUUACUCUAACUUUAACUCUAAUUAAACCUUAACUCUAAAUUAAAAAAUGUAAAACAAGGAAAAUCAUUUCUACAUUUCAGAUAAACAGACAGACAGA